AUGGACAAUGGAUACUUUAAGUCUGUCAGUGAACGCGGUGUCCUACACUGUGGCGGCUGAACUCCCCCCAGUAGAUGACCCGUUCAGUGGACCCAUCCAUGGCGUGGCGCCGUGGAACUUCACCAUCCUCGCCGUGCUCAUGUUUGUGGUCACCUCGCUGUCUCUGAGCGAGAACUUCCUGGUCAUGUUCGUCACUUUUAAGUACAAACAGCUCAGACAGCCCCUGAAUUAUAUCAUAGUUAAUUUAGCCAUCGCUGACUUCUUGGUCUCCCUCACCGGUGGAGUAAUAAGUUUCCUGACUAACGCCAGAGGUUAUUUCUUCCUGGGGAAGUGGGCUUGCAUAUUGGAAGGCUUUGCUGUGACUUUUUUCGGGAUCGUGGCCCUGUGGUCCCUCGCCGUUCUGUCCUUUGAACGCUUCUUCGUGAUCUGCCGGCCUCUGGGGAACAUCCGCCUGCAGUCGAAGCACGCCAUCCUGGGUCUGCUGUUCGUCUGGAGCUUCUCCUUCAUCUGGACCUUCCCCCCGGUGCUCGGCUGGAACAGAUACACUAUAAGCAAGAUCGGGACUACCUGUGAGCCUGACUGGUAUUCAAGCAAUAUGACUGAUCACAGCUACAUCAUCACUUUCUUCGCCACCUGUUUCAUUCUGCCCCUCGGACUGAUAUUUUUCUGCUAUGGAAAGCUUCUGCGGAAGCUCAGGAAGGUAUCUCAUGGUCGUCUGGCCAGUGCCAAGAAGCCAGAGAGGCAGGUGACCCGCAUGGUGGUGGUGAUGAUCGUGGCGUUCAUGGUGGGCUGGACGCCGUACGCAGCCUUCUCCAUCCUGGUCACAGCUCAUCCAACCAUCACACUGGACCCCAGGCUGGCCUCCAUCCCCGCCUUCUUUUCUAAGACAGCUGCUGUCUAUAACCCAAUCAUCUACGUCUUCAUGAACAAACAGUUCAGGAAGUGCCUAAUCCAGCUCUUCAGCGGCAGAGGGACCAUCCCAGAGAGCAACUUGAACCAGACCUCAGAGAGACCUGGGAUUACUGCCGAGAGUCAAACGGGAGAAAUGUCAGCCAUUGCCGCCCGAAUCCCCGUGGGCGGCACUGUGUCGCCCCGGUCUGACGAUUCCCCGACCGACUGUGGCUCAUUUGCUCAGCUGCCCAUCCCGGAGAACAAAGUGUGUCCAAUGUAACCGUAAACUCAUCCCGAUAUGUGUUCUAUUACUAUCCUCUGACCCCCAGAGUCCAUAAUACCCCUCUGUAAUCUAGAUACGCUGUGUUUCAGAACGUGUUUGGACGACAGCACUUUAAGUGUUUCUUAAUUUGAUGGUGGAGAUUUAAGGUGAAGAACAGAGAGUCGACCUUUGAAGGUUUUUAGACGAUUCUAGCACUAUGUUUUUUUAUAUCUCACUUGCAAUUAAGGACAGACACAAAACAUCAAACGCAAGAAAAAGUUUUGUGCUCUGGCAUGUUUUGUUAGUUUGUUGAAUAUUUGAUUAACAAAGGCACGGCGGAGGGGGCAUGAAAGAAUUGUGCGGACUGAAACGCUCAGAGCUUUACCCGCUAGAUAUCUUGUAAAUAUUUGCUUGCCGGACACUGUGUCCAAUUAUUGGAGACUUUGUUGGAUGUUCUCUUCCAAACCUGCUAGUGAGUCAAAUUAGGAGCAUUUGAUUUAACGUGAUAGCGUCUGCCUUUACAUCCCAAUGAAAAAAGAGACCCUAGAAACGUUAACAUCAGUUAGUUGAGGGCUGGCCAGUGUUUUUCAAAUACCACAAUACAUCCAGCCUUUCAUCUCGCCUUCUCCUUUGAAGCCGUGUGAUGGCGCCUGUAGAGAAAGCGUUGUUUUUCUAUGCUGUUUCAGUACUUCGCCUUGGCAGCACAUCUUCAUUCAUCUCGGCUCGUCACGAUGACGGAGCAGUCUGCUGAAUUUGGAUACUUUUUACUUUUAGUUUAUAGUUUGGGUCAAAGCUUUCAUCUUUAGUGAAGAUGGUCAAUGGGACUUGGAGAUGCCUGUCUCCUGUUGCCUCUGUUGCAGAAGCAGGAGGACAGAAUAUUUAUGAAGUGCCAGCAGUGGAUCAACAACACACUACUACAAGCAGCCCGUAUACGGUACACAUACACCGCACAUGCACGUACUACAAGCAGCCCGUAUAUGGUCCACAUACACCGCACAUGCCCGCACACACACAUGCAUGGAAACACACACAGACUGCAGCUCACUGCCUGUACUAUGAUACCCUCUCUAUAGGCAAUGUGACAAUACAAUGCACCAAUAAAUAACACAGCACAAGAGUGGCUUAGAUGAGCAGCCAUGUACAAAAGCAAUGCCAUCAUGAGCACAGGUCAACAGCAAUAUUAAAGCUAAAUACUGUCACAGAGUUGCUGUGACACUUCAGCGUCAGCUACAGUAGACGUAGCAGUGAGUGUUAAAAUGUCUUCUACUUUGUGGUGCAUGUUUGUUCACUAUUACUGGAUAUUUGUCAAAACACUGUUGUAUUCUCUAUGCUGCACAGUGAUUCACCGUGUUUUUAAAAAAAAGUAACAGUAUGGUGUCUGUUUGCAAUGUACUGAGUGUGUGUUCCAAUCAUGUUCGGCCAAAUUCAGCAUUUUAAGAAUCGAUGCAUCUGUGCCAAAUGAAUUGUGAUGCCUUGAUAUAAUUAGCACAAGAACGUGAGACAAUGGUGACCAGCGAGUCAGCUUCUUCAACCUGCAUUAUUCAAUAUUUUUCAUGUUCGUGUCUCUCUGUGUUGUGAAGAGUUGCUCUUACUUCUGAGUUCACGUGUCUCUCAAUUUGUAUACUUCUGUACUCACGCUUGCUUUUUUGAAUGCAUAAGUGCGCUUAACAUGUAUGACAAAAUGCAGUUGACUUUGAGUACCCGGGUGCUGCACGCAUCACAGUCAAAAAGUUGAGCAUGGAACAUUGGAAAUUUCUUAAGGCUAAGACAUACUCUGCAAGAACA